AUGUCCUCCACGUUUCCUAACUUCUCAUUUGAAGAAGGGGGCAGAUCAUUUCUCAAGGAUGUUAGUGAUUCAAUUAUAGAGACCACGUCGAUAUUUUCACCGACAUCGACUAGUGGUACAGCGGGUGGAGAUAGCUUCGCUGGUUCGGAGAAGGAAGGAAAUGGACAAGAUGGCACCGGUCCGGAGUGGGAAUGGACGGGGGAUGGUGGCGAGGGUCCGGAUGGGGAGGGGAUUGUGGAAGAUGGUGCAGGUCCGGAGGGCGAAGGGAGUUGUAAUGACGGAUCUAAUGCGGAGGGGGAAGGGGGUGGGGAUAGUGGCUUGGUUGCGGAGGAGGGAGGGAGUGGGGAUGAUGAGACGGGUCCGGAGACGGAAACGGGUGGGGAUGGCGCUGCAGGUGCAGAUGGGGAAGCGGGUGGGGAUUGCUUGGCUGGUGCGGAGAGGGAAGGGCAUGGGGAUGGAUGCGUGGGUCCGUCGGGACGAAGUCGGGUGAAGAGGGAGUUGAGUUUGUCUUGA